AUGGGAAGGACCAUUUCCCCCAGGAUGACCCUGGGAGCGCCCGGUGUCAUCUCCAAGUGGUGUAAGUUGAAGAGUCACAGGUGUGUCCGACCCUGCCUGUGGCUUCUGGGUGGUGUGGAUGUGAUGGAUAUGAAUGGAGGUUCUAUGGUUCGGGGCCAAUGCUCCCCUCCUUUGCUGCUGAGUAGCAUCAUUGGUCCCUUGGGGCGAUCAGGGACCCUCCCUGAAGCCUCAGGUUCCACUUCCCUCCACACCAAUCCUCUCCUGUGUUUUGCUUCCACAGACACACACUGUCUUUGCUAUGACUUCAACAUCACUCUUAAGUUCAGACCUGAACCACGAUGGUGUGAAGUUCAAGGCCUGGUGGAUGAAAGGCCUUUUCUUCACUAUGACUGUGUUAACCACAAGGCCAAAGCCUCUGCUUCUCUGGGGAAGAAAGUCAAUGUCACAAAAACCUGGGAAAAACAAACUGAAACACUAGGAGACGUGGUGGAUUUCCUCAAAGGGCAACUGCCUGACAUUCAAGUGGAGAAUUUAAUGCCUAUUGAGCCCCUUAUUCUGCAGGCCCGGAUGUCUUGUGAGCACGAAGCCCAUGGACAUGGCAGAGGAUCUUGGCAGUUCCUCUUCAAUGGACAGACUUUCCUCCUCUUUGACUCAAACAACAGAAAGUGGGCAGUGCUUUAUCCUGGAGCCAAGAAGAUGAAAGAUAAGUGGGAGAAGAACACGGAGGUGACCGUGUUCUUCCACAAGAUUUCAAUGGGGGAUUGUAAGACAUGGCUUGAAGAAUUUUUGAUAUACUGGGAAAAAAUGCUGGAUCCAACAAGUAAGUGAGAGGCGAAAAAAGGAAGCUCUCUUGAGUUCAGAUCUUAGCCCGGUGUGUGUGUGUGAGUGCAUGUGUGUGUGUGUGUUUGAGUGAGUGUGAACAUGACCCCCUCAUUGGGGACUCCUUUUGGGGGUGCUGGUGUGCCUGUGCUCUCUCAUCCUCCUCUCCCUUCUUCCUCCUGACUCCUCUUCCUCCCUGCACCUGCCUGUGCUCCACCCACUGUGCGUUUCUCACCAGCCUCGAAUCUGUGGGUAUCAUAGUGUUUCUAGACCUUUUUCGUUAGUGUUCCUUCCUCCUAGAAUCACUUUUCCUUUCCUCUCCCUUCUUCAGUUUCUGUACAUCCAUCGAAACUACCUCAAAGGCCAGCCCCAAGACCCU